CGUCCUCAUUAUUCAUUUAGAAAGUAUACAGGACGGGACUUUUAUUCUGAAGGAUUACAAAAAGGACAGAAACACUUCGUGGACCAUUAUUAUAACCAAACAAACGUUAUAAUGUCGUUGCAACUAAAGGCGUGAGUGUCAACAUCGAUGCAACGGUUGCAGGGUUACCGUUUCGUCGCCAUUGCUGGGAACAAGCUGUUUAUUUAUAAAAAAAAAUUUGACUUGAGGUUUUGAAAAUGGAAAUGUGUUCGGCUAUCAGCAAGCCGACAUUAGCUAGCUAGUACAGGGAGGAGGCGUCGUUUCGGAGGUUAGUGUGUGUGUGUGUGUUCACAAAGAAGAGAGGGAGAGACCCGGGGGGAGGAGAAGAACAACCCGCUAGCUAACGGGACCUAGUUUAGUUUGUCGACGGUACCACAGAACCUGCUGCCCUACGGACAGAGAGAGAGAGAGGGAAUACCGAACCCAGAUAGUUAUGGCCAUGUCGUUGAUGCAGGCCUGCCGUAGUUUAGCCCUGUCUACAUGGCUCCUGUCGUUUUGUUUCGUUCACCUCCUCUGUUUGGACUUCACCGUUGCCGAGAGAGAGGAAUGGUACACAGCCUUCGUCAACAUCACCUACGUAGACCCGGUCACCUCCGAAGUCCGGACGGAGAAAACUGAAUGCGGCCGAUACGGGGAACACUCGCUAAAACGCGAAGCAAAAGGAGUCGUGGUGCUUCCUUCUCUCUCCCGGGACAGACAAGCCUGUGAUCCCGGUACUCGGUUCGCGGUUCCGGUCCAGGGCAGUGCGUGGAUAGCCCUGAUAGCCAGGGGAAACUGCACCUAUAAAGACAAGAUAAGACACGCGGCGAGCCAAAACGCCUCGGCCAUCGUCAUAUUCAACGUUGGAUCCAGCAACUCCAAUGAUACUAUCACAAUGCCACAUUCAGGUGUGGGUGACGUGGUCGCCAUCAUGAUCCCCGAGCCUAAAGGUCGUGAAGUCGCUGCUCUGCUAGAGCAGAACGUCACGGUAACCAUGCACAUCACCAUAGGAACGCGUAACCUCCAGAAGUACGUGAGCAGGACCUCGGUGGUGUUCGUCUCCAUCUCCUUCAUCAUCCUGAUGAUCAUCUCUCUGGCCUGGCUAGUCUUCUACUACAUACAGAGGUUUAGAUACGCCAACGCACGAGAUCGCAACCAGAGGCGUCUGGGAGAUGCAGCUAAGAAGGCCAUCAGUAAACUGCAGGUCAGGACCAUCAGGAAAGGAGACCAGGAGACCGAGUCAGACUUUGAUAACUGUGCCGUGUGUAUCGAGGGCUACAAGCCAAACGAUGUGGUCAGGAUACUACCCUGCAGUAUGAAGGAAGUUGAGCCCCCUCUCAUCUCUCCAGUUAAAUGCAGACUGUUGGGAGACCUGCCCUUGGGACUAUGA